GGUUGCAGAGAGAAUGGUGCCGGUGGUGGUGACUGAGUAGGCGUGUGGAGCUCCUGUGAGCUUAUGACGUUGGUCCAUCAUCCAUGACUGAUGGCUCCAUGAUCGAUCACUCGCUCCACGAUCCAUGCAUCUGUCGACUGUCGUCUCUAUCCUUUGUACACCGUAUAAUCCUGCAAUCACUAGACGACGAAUUGAUAUAAUGUAUAUACGCAACAGAUACGUAUAUAAUACCGCACUUAAGACCAGACCAUUCCAGAGCCCAUCUCUUUCUCUCCUCCUCCGCCUUCUUUCGUUUUUUUUCCUUUCUCAAACAAUGGUGGUACGUGUUCCUCUGCCACGCGUUUUCCUUCUUCCCCUUGUUCUUCUCUUCUCUUUCAUUAAUGCCCAGGCUGCUUUCAACAACAGCGGCUCAGUGGAAUACUUGAAACUACGAUUGCUUCACAGAAACCCGUUUGUUUCCCCAGCACAAGUUCUCUCUUUGGACUCUGAGCGUCUCUCUGUUCUUUUCUCGGCCCUGCGCAACCGUAGAGCCUUCAAGGCUCCCAUUGUCUCCGGCGCAUCGACGGGCUCCGGCCAGUAUUUCGUCGAUUUCAGGAUCGGAACCCCACCUCAGAGCCUCCUCCUUGUGGCGGAUACAGGCAGCGAUCUCGUCUGGGUCAAGUGUUCUGCUUGCUGGAACUGUAGUAAACACCCUCCAGGCUCGGCCUUUUUGGCUCGCCAUUCAACAACAUUUGCUCCGGUUCACUGUUACGACUCAGCGUGUCAACACGUCCCUCACCCUCUGAAACACCAGCCCUGUAACCACACUCGCCUCCACAGUACUUGCCGCUACGACUACUCGUACGCCGAUGGGUCUAGAACAAGUGGGCUUUUUGCCACAGAGACGACGACGUUGAAUACGAGCUAUGGAGGAGCUGCUCGGCUGAAAGACCUUGCUUUUGGUUGUGGGUUCAACGUCUCUGGUCCGAGUGUUUCAGAUGCGAGCUUCAAUGGCGCCCAUGGAGUUAUGGGCCUGGGGCGAGGGCCCGUCUCCUUCUCCUCCCAAGUAGGUAAGCUGUUCGGGAACAAAUUCUCGUACUGUCUCAAGGAUUACACCAUAUCUCCACCUCCGACAAGCUAUCUGUUGAUCGGAGAAACACAUGGACCCAUUACAAAGAAGCAAAGGAUGAGCUUCACGCCAUUACACACCAACCCUCUCUCGCCCUCGUUCUACUACGUAGGAAUCAAGAGCGUAUUUGUUGAUGGCGUGGGAUUACCAAUUGACCCCUCCAUUUGGGCCUUAGACAACCAGGGAAACGGCGGCACUGUGAUCGACUCCGGCACUACAUUAACGUUCCUCGCCGAGCCAGCCUACCGGCAGGUUCUGACAGCCUUUAGAAGAAGAGUUAAAUUACCGAGAACGACCGACCCAGCUUCGAGCCUCGACCUCUGCGUCAAUGUGUCGGGUGUAGCAAAUCCAAGGCUACCCAAGCUGAGUUUCCGACUCGAUGGGGGCUCAGUUUUCUCCCCGCCGGCUAGAAACUACUUCAUCGAUGCGGCUGAAGGCAUCAAGUGCCUGGCGAUGCAACCUGUUACCUCCCCGUCAGGUUUCUCAGUCAUAGGGAACCUAAUGCAACAAGGCUUCUUGUUUGAGUUCGAUAGAGAAAGGUCAUGGCUUGGUUUUUCUCGGCAUGGUUGCGCCCUUCCCCUACCAUGAGCACAACGAGUUAAGUGGAUUGAAUUUCUGAAAUCACAGUCAGACUCAGUGAGUCGGGGGAUCCCUUUUUCUUAUUGUGAUCAUUAUUAAUUAAUCUAUUUAAUUAUUGGAGAUUGUGUUUUCUUUUACAAAAUUCAUUUAGAGAGAGAGAGAGAGUGAGAGAGAGAAUUGUCUGUGUUUUCAUGGGAAACUGAGAACAGGGUAAGGGAAGGUAGUUGUGCUGUGAUGAUUUACAGAUUAGUAUUAAGGGAGGCUGGUGUGAGCGGCUUUUUGCCUUAAUGGGCUUUUUGCCUGUCUCUUUACUUUUCA